UGUCCAUAUGGGCCUUAUCCAAAACCCAGAUUAUUGGGCCAUAUCAACUUGGGCUGACCCGGCCGAUACAAGUAAUCGGGUCAAUAGGGCCCGGAUUCCCGAUUGAAAUCAGUUUCCUAACCCGGCCGAGCUUUGAAUCGAAGCUCCCAUGGCGGAAACUAGUGUUUCCACUAAAUCCACAGUCAAAUCAGCAAUUAUAUAGCCGGAGACUGCGCAAAAUCAACAACGGUACCGAUCAAAUGAGCCGCUUAAAAUUCAGUUUUCUGUUGUUCUUAAUACUUUUAUGGGGCUCUGAAUCAACAGCGGAAGAGGAGAAAGAAGCGAACGAAGAGUUCACGGAGGCGUUGCUGUUGAGACCACUGCCCGAUCGGAAAGUAUUGGCUCAUUUCCACUUCCAGAGCAGCGCGCCGCCGACUCAAACCUAUGGCCGCCACCAUUACAUCUUCCCCAAAUCCAUUUAUCAGCUGGUUCACAAGUUCCAUAUUCGGGAGAUGGAGCUAUCUUUCACACAAGGCCGCUGGAAUUACGAGCGUUGGGGAGGGUUCGACCCGAUUUCAAGCAGCAACGCAAAGCCUCCCGGAGUAGAAUUAUGGGCUGAUUUCGAUGUUCCUCAAAACCAGGUUGACGAUUCGUGGAAGAAUCUAACUCAUGCUCUUUCGGGGCUCUUUUGUGCAUCAAUCAAUUUCUUGGAGCAUUCAACUAGUUACUCCGCCACUCAAUGGAGUUUUCAGUCAUCGUCUUCAGGCAAACUGCGCUACGGGACAUUGCCUCGUGAAGCAGUUUGCACUGAGAAUCUGACGCCCUGGUUGAAGCUGCUUCCUUGCAGAGAUAAAGCAGGGCUUUCUUCACUGAUGGACCGACCUUCAAUAUACAGGGGUUAUUAUCAUUCGCAGAGGCUGCAUUUGAAAUCAGACGAGUUUGAUACAUCCAAGAUUAGUAGUUCCGGGAUAGUGCUUGAACAAACCCUUACUGUUGUUCUUCAACCGAACACUUUUUCCGGAAAAAAAUUACAACCGAGUUGGUCGUUGAGUUCGUUAUUUGGCAGGAAAGUCACCGGGAAAUGCUCUCUUUCUAAUUCAAGUAAUGUGUAUGUCCAAUUUCAGCAGAAUUUAGUAUCUGAGGAGAACGAAUCGAGGGAAAAAAGCGAAGCGCAAAAGAAUGAGAUUCUUAUUCAUGAGGGCUCUCACAAUAACCCUCUAUUCGCAUUAUCGCAUCCCCCAAAAAGGGUUAUCAAAGAAGUGGAGAACUUUCAGAAAGAGGGAUCGAUCCUCUAUGAAUAUUCCGUUGAAGAUUACGAUGAAUACGGACCGUUUGAGUUGGGAUUAAGGUGGAAGGUGCCUGUAAUAUGGUCAUGUCAGCAGGCCCCAUUACAUGCUAGCCGAUUUUUACUAGGAAGCGGAAACGAGAGAGGUGCGAUUGCCAUUUCGAUGAAAUCUACUAGGAGCAACGAUAUAGAGAUAGCUGGUCUUGAUGAUGAGAAAGCAUGUUCAUUGAGAGUUGGCAUUUUCCAAGUUGUGCCUUGGUAUGUGAAGGUCUACUAUCAUACGUUGGAAGUGUUUUUGGAUGGAGAAUCUCAAGCCACCAUGGAUAACAUAGAGAAAAUACACGUUUCACCUUCUGAAGAUAAGGUCUCUCCUGGAGUGAUGGAGAUCGUCUUGAGAUUACCAUGUAGCGUUAAAACAGCUGCAUUGACUUUGGAGUUUGAUAAGGGGUUUCUUCAUAUCGAUGAAUAUCCUCCAGAUGCUAAUCAGGGAUUCGACAUUCCAUCAGCAGUCGUACACUUUGCUGACUUCGUAGCAAACAUGAGUUUCGAAGAUAAUCUCUCAAAAGAAAUUCCCAUAUUGUCCAAGCUACAGGAAAAAAUCCCAGUUCGCUCAUACACGGAAGUACUACUCGUACCGUUGACAACACCCGAUUUUAGCAUGCCUUACAAUGUAAUAACAAUGACAUGCACUAUUUUUGCUUUAUACUUUGGAUCACUGCUCAAUGCACUACGAAGACGCCGCGGGGAGGAAGAAAGGCUUCUAAAGGGAAAAGGUGCAGAGAAAGGCCCGUUGAGCCUAUUGCUAUCAAGAUUGUCAGCUAAAUUGAGAGGAAAACAAUGGGAACCACCAAAACCAUCAUCUUCUUCUUCUAAAAAAUCAUCCGUAAAUUAUAAGCUCGUUGCAAAGGUCGUUUUAGUAGCUGGCAUUGCUAUUGUUUGGCAGUUUUAUUAUCAAUGAGCCACCAAAGAGACCAUUUUCCCAUGUAUGAUUAUGUAUCCUUCAGAAUAGUGAUUACCUAGGAUUAAUUAGCUUCUGAAUAUAUAUAUAUGCUUCGUGCUUUGUUUCUUCAGGUAUAUGUAUCAUUGAAUUACUGAUUUUUGCCAUA